UACAAGCCCUCAAUUAGUUUUAUUGAUGUCACCGAUUGAAAUUUAAAAAAUAAACAAUAACAAGUGCGACAUCCUGAGGACACUAUGCAGGUUGUCGGAGAACCAGUGCAGCAGUAUGGAAAUCGGAGCCAUCAGGCGGAGUGCAUUCCGCUGGGAAGAUAUGGAGCCUACGGAUCGGACAACGAACCGGAAGGUGAAGACAAGGGGUUUGGGUCCUGCAACGACAGCAUCCGGCGUGGAUUCAUCCGGAAGGUGUACCUGAUCCUGUUAACGCAAAUGAUUACAUCGCUGGUGGUGAUCGCAGGACUUACUGUGGACAAGCAGGUUCGACUGGAGGUGGCUAAAUCCACUUGGAUGUUUCUGUUGGCCCUGUUAGUCGUGGUGGUUAUAUUGGUGACUUUGGCCUGCAACGAGGACCUCCGUCGUCGAACACCGGUGAAUUUUAUCCUUCUGGCAGCCUUCACUUUAGCCGAAUCCUUUUUACUGGGCAUAGCUGCGUGUCGCUAUGCUCCCAAGGAGAUUUUCAUGGCCGUGGUAAUUACGGCGGCAGUUUGCCUGGGACUCACUCUAUUUGCACUGCAAACUCGUUACGACUUCACCAUGAUGGGCGGCAUCCUGGUGAGCUGCCUGAUUAUCCUGCUGCUCUUCGGCAUCCUGACCAUGUUCGUUGGCGGCGGUCUGUUCACCACCCUGUAUGCAUCCUUAAGCGCCUUGCUCUUUUCCGUUUACUUAGUUUACGACACACAACUGAUGUUGGGCGGCAGGCACAGGUACUCCAUUAGUCCAGAGGAGUACAUUUUCGCCGCCCUCAAUCUCUACAUGGAUGUGAUAAAUAUUUUUUUGGAUAUUUUGCAAGUUAUUGGAGGAUCCGACACAUAGGAAAUCCGCACAAAUCCCAAAUACAUGGCAUACUUUCCGGCAUUUAUCGGAUUAUUCACUCCACUGGCUCGAUGUCGAAAAUUAAUAAAUCAAAUUGUGCAGCAUCAAUUGAGCCGAUUAUUUAUGUUUCAGUUCAUAAAUUACGAACAUUACGACACAACAGGUGCAAAGAGCACCACCCCCCGUAUUACGAAUUGUCAAUUAAGUUAUUAGUUCGGGCAAUAAAACUGUCAAGGCCGUAACAACA